CUCGUCGUCUCUUCAUCAGCGGAAGCAGCCUCCACCAUCCGCGACCUCCACCAUCCAAGGACGUACGGCUCGACUCGACACGGCACCGAGCCCUCAUCCUUCGUUGUUUCAUGAUGAAGAUUGACAACAGCCUGAGCGCGCCCCAGCUGUCCGAGUCCUUGUCCCAGGCCGGCCUUCAGUUCACCGUGGCCACCGAGGAGGACUUUGACGACAUCAUGGCCAUGAGCCAGGACAUCUACGGAGGCCUGGACUACCUGCCCACCAGGUACAGCAGCUGGCUGCAGGAAACCAACCGCACAGUCAUCCUGGCACGCAAACAGGGAAAAGUGAUCGCCCUGGAGUCGGUAUGCGUGAUCGACGAAGGCGAGACCAUGCUAGUAGAGGGCCUCCGCGUGGCCCCCCAGGAAAGGGGCAAGGGCGUGGCGGGGGUUCUGCUGCGCUUUUGCUCUGAGCUGGUCAAGUCCAAAUACCCCGAAGUAAAGGUCAGCCGCCUGACCCGCGACGAUCAGCUGGGUCCCAAAGAUUUCCAGAAGUAUCGCAUCAUAACCAAGCAGGGCAUCCUACUGGUGCGCUUCCGAGCCGAGGAACUCAAUCGCCGACUCACUGACCUCGGCCACGGGGAAACCCAGCCGGCGUCCGCAUCCUUCCCAAAUGCGCCUCCAAUUCGUUUGGACCAGGGCGCCGUCCUUCGGCUCUUUCUGACGAGCGACCUGAUGCGGGGGGUCCUCCCGAACGCCACCAUCAUUCAAGACUGGCAGCCUUUCAAGCCCGUGCCCGGGAACAUGGCCAUCUUGAUGAAGAAGGAUAUUGACUGGAUGGUGGAUGACGCGUCAAAGCCGAGCGUGGGGAGCCUGUGUACCUUUCCCUUUAGGGUCCCUAUCGGAGAGGACUGGUACUACCUGAACAUCGACAUGUUCGGCAAAGACCUGGAUCUGGUGCGCCAGCAGUUCUUGAGCCACCUGCAGCGUCACACAGCCACUUUGAAGGGUCACGUCAUGUGCCAGAUGUUCCUGGACCCGCCCCUGUGGAAACCCAUGGCCGAUUUUUGCCGCCACACCCUGAGCGUGGAGCUGGUGAAAGAAUACACGGAGCAAUGCGUGGUGGAGGCUGACGUCAUGUAGUCGGGAAGGAUGAGGGAACGGACACGGCCAGAUUGUGGUGUGGAGGGGAUGGAAACCAAACCGACUAACUCUACUAGAAAAGCACCACAAGUCUACGCCCCCCUUGUGUUACCAUAAGCAGUAUUUGAUGUCCUUUUUUUUUUUUUUCCCCCAGAGCAAGAGGAGGUUGGUUGAUUGUUGUCAUAUUCCAGAUACAUCCCGGCACAACCUUAUAGUCUCACAGCCGUGCAUUGAGGCCCAGAUGGUAUCUCCAAAUCACUGGAAUUGGCUUACAAGUACGCGCACAAGUCUGAAGGCACUUUAAAUUCCCUUUCAAGAGAGUCCCCAACCACCCCACCCCACCCCGCUAAAACAAUAACAGCAUGAACCAGCGUGGUAAUGUUGUCAAGAUCGGAGCUCCUGAACCUUCGCCCAAUUGCGUAACCAAGCGAGGCAAAGCCACCCAGCGAGACCAACGUGUUGUAGUUGCCCUGCGGGUCGUCGGUGGUACCAGCAAGAUUCCAGCUGGUCACCACCAUUCACCAGCUCCUGGUGGGGCCUCAGCAACAUGUUGACCCUGCUGGGCGGCUUGAUUGAAGGUUCGGCUGUUGAAUUCCAGUUUUGUUGCACCCUUUGACAUUUCUGGUGACAUCAGCACGGGAACGCAACAAAACCAUGCUGGCGUUUUGUGUUUUUGUAGGGACACCAACUACCGAGAUCAAAAUGACAUUCAUUAUCAGCUGCUCUUCACUGUAACUGGAUGUAAAACAAGUAUGUUACUAAUUCA